UCCUCUUGUUCCAACAACGUACUCUCCAUUUUCCUUUCAUUCUUUUAUAUCCUAUUCAAUUCAUCGUUUGCAGCUUUUAAUUCGUUAUCUUCAGUUUUCUUUUCGGAUUUUCUAUUACGGUUUUUCAACCUGCUCAUCAGCUUUUAUAUCCAAUAUCAACUUUGAAAUCAUAUUCAAAAAUAUUCAUUUAUCAUGAUUUUGACAUGGUUGUUUGCUUAUUUACUUCUUUUUUUCUCAAAACUUAUCUUUGCUGAAAGAUAUAUUGAAACCUCUUCCCUAUUAACUUGUAUGGAAAACUCCGCUUUGACAGCAAGUUUUUUUGAUGUGAAGUUUUUACCUGACAACAACACAAUUACUUUUGAUAUCUCUGCUAUAACAACCAUCAACGACUAUGUUAAUGUUCAUUUUCAAGUCAUUGUCUAUGGUAUAUCUAUUCUUUCUCAAAAUAUCUCGCUAUGUGAUGAUCUAGGUGACUAUGUAUCGACCCAGCUAUGUCCAAUAUCCGCAGGUAAAUUUGACGUGGAUUCCUCUUACAAAGUUAGUGAUUCAAUUGUUGAUUCUAUUCCGGGCAUUGCCUACACUGUUCCUGAUUUGGAUGCAAGAGUAAGAGUCGUUGUAACAACUAACUCAACCACAAAUCCUGAAAAUUUGGCCUGUGUUGAAGCCAUUUUAACUAAUGGUAAAACUGUUCAAACAAAAUAUGCCUCUUGGCCGAUUGCGACCGUUGCUGGCAUUGGUUUAAUUACAUCUGGUGUUGUCUCCAUCAUUGGUCAUUCAAGUACAGCUGCUCAUAUCGCUUCAAAUUCCUUAUCUCUUUUUAUUUAUUUUCAAAAUUUAGCCAUCACUUCAAUGAUGGCCGUACAAAGAGUACCUCCAAUUGCUGCUGCUUGGGCUCAAAAUUUCCAAUGGUCUAUGGGCAUCAUUAGCACCGGUUUCUUACAAGAUAUUGUCGAUUGGUAUGUUCAAUCAACCGGCGGUACCUCUACUUCAAUCCUAUCGAAUACUGAAAUCCUAUCCAUCUCCGUUCAAAAAGUUAAAAGAGGUUUUAAUGAUUACAUCGGCCAAUCUUUACAAGAAUUGGUCUACAAAACAAGAAAUAUAAAUCAUUUAGUCUUAUUUAAAAGAGCUGAUUUUGAAUAUGACGAUACUACAAAUGAUGACGAUUUAUAUACGACUGAUGAAAAAUCAGACGACAUUACUUCAAAAAUUUUGGUCUUGAGAGGUAUUCAACGUGUAGCCUAUUUAGCUAACCUUGAAAUUACUCAAUUAUUUUUAACUGGUAUCAUUUUCCUUUUAUUUUUUGCUUUUAUUUUAAUUUGUGCCUUGGCUUUAUUCAAAGCCAUUAUUGAAUUUUUAAUUAGAACUAAUGUCAUGAAAUCUGGGAAAUUUAAUGAAUAUAGAAGACAAUGGACAAUCAUCGUCAAAGGUACUCUUUAUAGAUUAUGGUUACUAAGUUUUCCACAAGUUUCUUUAUUAUGUCUUUGGCAACUUACCGUUAGAGAUUCUGCAGGUUGUGUUGUUAUUGCAGUUUUCCUUUUAGCCAUCGUUGCAGGCGUUUUAUUCCAAGCUGCUAUAAAAUUGUUGCAGCUAGGUAGAAGAUCAAUCAAAAUUUAUAACAAUCCUGCUUAUAUUCUAUAUGGAGAUAUCAAAAUAUUAAAUAAAUUUGGAUUUCUAUAUGUUCAAUAUAGAGCAGAUUGUUAUUAUUGGGUUGCAAUUACUUUAUUAUAUACGACAUUAAGAUCUGUCUUUAUUGCCUUAAUUCAAAAUAGGGGUAAAGUUCAAGCUAUCGGUAUUAUAAUUGUCGAAUUAAUUUAUUUUAUUUCAUUGUGCAUCAUUAGACCAUUUAUGGAUAAAAGAACUAACGUUUAUAAUAUAUUAGUUCAUUUAGUCAUUUUAUUAAACGCUGCUAUAUUUUUGAUCUUUUCAAAUCUUUUUGGUGGACCUGCUGCUGCUAUCUCAAUUAGUGGAAUUAUAUUCUUUGUGUUGAAUGUUGUUUUCUCAUUAUUUAUCCUAGUUUUCACGAUCAUUACUUGUGCAUUGGCAAUUCUCUAUAAAAACCCGGAUGCAAAAUACUCUCCUGUUAAAGAUGAUAGAGUUAGUUUUAUUCCAAGAGCUGAGGGUGAAGAAAACCCAAAGAACGAUACAGAAUUAAUGGCAUUAGGUGCAACUGCAAUGAGAGGCCACCAACGUGGUGACACAGAACUUUCUAUAAAUAAUUAUAAAGAAAGUAACACUAGCAAUAGCAAUACUAAUAGUAAUUUUGAUACAUACACAAGUCUAAGAACCCGAAGUGAUUCAUUGAACAUUCCAGCAGUUCAACCAGCGUCAGCUAUUGGUUCUUUGGGAAAUAACCAGCAGACUGGUGGGCUGUUGAGCAAAAUUGAAGAUAAUUAUGACGAUUAUUCCUACAAGGGCAACAAUAACUACGUUGAUAACAACAGUAAAACCCCCGGUUCUUCAGGUGUCUUGUACCAAACAACCAGCUCUUAUCCUUAUAAUGCACAGGGCAGAAGCACAAAUGACUUAUUAAAUGAAGUUAAAAGUGAUAAUACAGGAAAUAACAUUGGCAAUAAUGUUUUCAGCGAUAGCAACAACGACAAUAAUAAUAAUAAUACUUUUAAUAAUAAUAAUAUUGAUAAUAGUAGCAGUAACUAUAAUUAUAAUUAUAAUUCCAGCUCUGGUUUUAACUCUUCAUCUAACACUGGUGGCAGCUUUUACAACAACAAUAACAACAGCUUUGGCGGCUCAAGUACAGCCAAUUUCCAUACAAACACAGCGGGAGGAGCAGCUUUUAACAGGACUGCACCAUAUCAGGGAACUGGUGGUGGUUAUCAUUAAGAGAUUUUCUAAAGCCCUGUGAGUUGUUUUGUUUUUUGUUUUUUUUUACUUUAUCUUUUAAUUAUUGAUUUCAAUUUCUCCAAUUAAUUUUUAUCCAUUUGAAUUUUUUUGUUUUUACGUUUACUACAAACCAAGUUUUCUUUGGUUUAAAAUUGUAUAAUUUUUUAUUUCAGUUUUUGUUUAUUAUUUACUUAUUCUUUUUCAGUUUUGUUGAUUAAUUUUGUCUUGGAAAUGGAUUUUUCUAAUGGAUUUGUUAGUAUUUAUGUGCUAUGGUUUCGCUCAUAUACAAUGCCAGAAACGCC